CUUCCCCAUCUCUCCAGAAUUAGCAGAUGUAACCAAAUAUCUCUGCAUCUGUUUCCUCCAUUUCCCAUUUGGCUCUCUCCCUCUCUCUCAGAAUUCAAUUUCCAGAGAGAAGAGAAGAGAGGAGAGGAGAGGAGAGAGACCCCCCUAAUCCUUCAAUCAACCUUGCCAAAUUAUAAUAGGACACGUGCACCAUGCCUUCCAAGUCGUCCAUGGAGGAGCUCUUCCUCCCCUCCACGCCUGGCAAAUUCAAGGACAAAUCGCACCACCGCCAGCAACACCACCGCUCCGCCACCUCCCUCUUCCUGUGGGCCCUCUUCCUCGUCGCCCUCACCGCCGCCUUCCUCAGCUUCCUAUUCAAGGAUAAGUACUUCCGAUCCAACUGGGAGAGCCACGUCCGCUCCUCCGCCCAGAUCCGCCGCCACAACGGCUUCUCCGUCCUCGUCACCGGCGCCGCCGGCUUCGUCGGUUCCCACGUCUCCCUCGCUUUAAAAAAGCGCGGCGACGGCGUGGUCGGCCUUGACAACUUCAACGAUUACUACAAUCCCGAUCUAAAACGCUCCCGCCGAGACCUCCUCACCGCCAACGGCGUCUUCAUCGUGGAAGGCGACCUCAACGACGCGAAACUGCUCGCGAACCUCUUCGAUCUCGUCCAAUUCAGCCACGUCAUGCACCUCGCCGCCCAGGCCGGCGUCAGGUACGCGAUGGAGAAUCCGCACUCGUACAUCCACAGCAACAUCGCCGGCCUCGUCACGCUUCUAGAAGCUUCCAAGUCCGCAAUGCCCCAGCCCUCCGUCGUGUGGGCCAGCUCCAGCUCCGUCUACGGCCUAAACGAGAAAUCCCCCUUUUCCGAGUCCGAUCGCACCGACAAACCGGCGUCUCUCUACGCCGCCACCAAAAAAGCCGGCGAGGAAAUCACACACACCUACAAUCACAUCUACGGCCUCUCAAUCACCGGCCUCCGCUUCUUCACCGUCUACGGCCCCUGGGGCCGCCCCGACAUGGCCUACUUCUCCUUCACCCGCGACAUCCUCGAAGGGAAACCAAUCACGAUCUACCGCGGCAAAAAUCACGCGGAUCUGGCUAGGGAUUUCACCUACAUCGACGACAUUGCGAAGGGGUGCAUCGGAUCGCUGGACACGGCGAAGAAGAGCACGGGAUCGGGGGGGAAGAAGCGGGGGCCGGCGCAGUUCAGGAUCUUCAAUCUCGGCAAUACAUCGCCGGUGACGGUGCCGAUGAUGGUGGGGAUGCUGGAGAAGCAUUUGAAGGUGAAGGCGAAGAAGAAUUUGGUUGAGAUGCCUGGAAACGGCGACGUUCAGUUCACGCACGCGAAUAUAAGCUACGCGCGGAGCGAGUUCGGGUACAACCCGACUACGGAUCUGCAAACGGGUCUUAAGAAGUUCGUGAAAUGGUACAUAUCUUAUUAUGGUUACAAUCACGCCAAGUCUGUAUAGAUGUUUUUAUUUUAGGGAUUUUUUUUGAGAAAUGAGAAAAAUACAUGGGAAAUGGAUACAAACAAAGGUUAAUACAUUAUUUUGUUUUUGAUGAA